AUGCUCGUCUUGAUUGAUGAGGGCAGCGAGAAGGCCGGGGGUGACGACAAGGAGCUCUUUGCUGCGGCCUUACGGUGUCGGCACGACAAGCAGCAUUAUCGACGCAUGCUGACGGUUCUGCAGCGCUACUUUGCUACCCUGGACCACCCAGGCAUGCUCAUCAAAAUCUUACACGAGCUCACCGCACACGCUGAGGAGGAUGAGCCCGAGCUCAAUCCCGCAACAUUCCAAAAGAUUGAAUCUUACCUGCAGGCCAAGGAGGUAGGCUUUGAUGAUUUGUGGCUUGCCGAAUACCCGUUCUUAGCUCAAUUUUGCCAUGGUCGCUCCCCGCUGCAGCUACGCUUGGUCGACCUUUUUCGCCUCUUUGAUCGCAAUGUCGAUGGAUGCUUGAGUCGAACCGAGGUUGUCGAAGGCUUCCAGCGACAUCGCAUUGAUAUCGGCGAGGAGCAGGCCCAAUUACUCUUUUCACUCAUUGACCUUGACGACGAUGGCACCCUCAACUAUCAGGAAAUGGCACUUUAUCGGCUUGAGGUAGCAAUGGAUAAGCGUCGUCGCGCUGGCAGUGCAACCGCAGAUGCCCCAGAGGAAAAAACCAAGGAUGAAACGCCCGCCCAGCCAGAGGAGCCCGCAGUACAGGAAACCAAGGGUCUGCAAUUAACGAUCGAGGAGUUUGCAGACAUCCUUCUAUACGCCCACUACAUCACCCGUCCUUGA